AUGAGGCUCCGCCCCAGCCUGAAACACAAUUUCACGGUGCUGCAGCAUGCUCAUCUUUGCCAAAGGCUUUUUCAGCUCAAGGUUGACAAGGCCGGUGGGGUCGAGAGGACCGGCAAGGCCGUCAAGGUCGGCGGGUCUCUGUUUGGGUUGCCAGCGGGAGUGGUCCCAUUGAGCAACAACUCUUGCCAGACCUCCAUCAACGCCAUGAUGCCGGACUUCAACGUGCACGGCCUCGAUCCAACCUGGGCCGAGCCGGAAGUGGAGCGGGUGCAGGCAUUCUUCGACAACCUGUCGGAGAGGUAUGUUCGUGACGAGCCACUACUCGUCCGUGACACCACUCAGGAAGAGCUGGUGUACAUUGCCGCCUGGGCGGAGGAGGCGACACUUGCUAAUGAGGCCGACAGCGUCGGCAGCAUGGAGGAUGAGGCUGACACGGCCGCAGAAGAGAAAGAAUUCGCCGAGUGGGCGGGCGACACGGAGACACUGGCCCAGAGGGCAGCGAAGAGGGCCAAGGCUUCAACGGGCGACAAGCCCGCAGCGAGCACUCCGCGCACGCCGGUGUUGGUGGAGAUCGGCCCGGACAACAGCCCUCGAUGCAGCCCCCGCUUCAGCCCCAGUGAAGACAUCGACACUGUCAUCGAGGAGGUCGCCAAGGACGCCGAAGCGGAGGCCGCCAAGAUCACUGCUGAUGAAGCCGCCAAGUCCGCCGCUGAGGAGGCCGCCAAGGGGCCUACCGGGGAGGCCAGCGAGGCUGCUGCCGGGGAGGCCGACAAGGCCGCUGCCGGGGAGGCCGGUAAGGGGCCUGCCCGGGAGUCCGAGGAGGUCGCUACCGAGGAGGCUAUCGAGGAGCCUGCAGAGGAGGGCAUGGCGGACGACCAACCUUCCUCGUACGCAGCCCCGGCACGGGUUGUCGAUGAACCGAGCACCAACAGCAGCGGUUCCCAAGAAGAGCAGCUCCUCCGGAACAUGAGUGCCAACUUCCAAAGGCUUCAAACGCUCCACCGUGCCCGCCAAGACAAAGUGAAAUCCAGGAUGGCGGCCGUGGACAAGGCGAAGGCCGACAUCAAGAAGGCCCAAGAGGUGGCGAAGGAACAGGUCGCCAAGGACGAGGCUGACCGGCGGCAGCAGCAAGCCUUGCUGGACACCCAAGAGGAGGAUCUCGCUGCCCGCGAAGAGGCGCUUGCCUCCACGCUUCACGGCAAGGACGAGGAGGUCGAGAAGCUUGUUGCGCAGCGGACCCAGGACCUGGAGCAGAAGCACAAGGACGCACUUGAUGCUCUGGCCCUGGACCACACUGGCAAGGUGGAGAAGCUGGAGCUGGAGCGGGAGGAGCUAAAGAAGGAGAUCUCAAGGCUGACGGAGGAGAGGGACACGGCUAACCGCGCCCUGGCGGACUCGCAGGUCACCAUCUCCGACAAGGCCAAGUUGCUCUCCGAGGCCAACGACUCCAUCAACGAUCUGAAGCUGAAACUAGACAACUUGGAGGGGACGCUUUCGGAGGCCAGGGCCCAUAAGGAGACCCUGAACAAGGCCCUGGAGGACGAGAGGCAGCUGCGGAGCGACGACGCCACCACCCACAAGGACUACACGAACAACGUAAACCUCUGGAUCGGCCGCCUCGUCGUCGUCGCGGGGAAGCUCACCACCCAGCUAGCCAUCAUGGGCAUGCCGGACAUCAGGUUCUCCCAGGAGGCGAAUGUAAGACCCAACUCCAGGCUGACCUUGUUCUUUGAGCGCAUCCUCAAUGCCCUGGAGCAGCUCCGCUCCAAUCGAGCAGCUUAUCUGGCCAACGAGGCCCGGAGGCUCUGCCGGGGCGCCCUGACCAAGGUGCUCACCAAGGUGGCGUUCUGGAACCCCAGCAUCUACUUCGCCAACGCGCUGGAGAGCUUGCCGGAGGAUGCGGACCUCACGGCACUCGAAGAGCACGACACCACUCGCCUGGCUAAUGGCACCAGGGUGUGGCUGGUGGCUGUUGCCUUCUUGCUUGGAGCCAUCGCGAUACAGGAGUCGAUGCGCUAA